AUGCAUGCUUCGUCCGAGGCUUUGGACACCGAUAGACGAAUCGUCGAUUACCCCAUGUUGUGCGGUGGUCGAGGAAUCAGCCUCGACCAGGGCUGCCCCACUAAAAACCUUGACUUCUUCGUGCUCUUCCAAUCGAAACACACGCUGCGCGCUGAGCAGCUGAUAAACCUUCACAAAAAACACUCACAAACAUACACCGUACCACCUGUACACAUCAUCCCGAGCGAUGGUCUGCAUUCCAGUCUUAUCGCUAUCAGCAGGUGCUAUCGUGCAUUGGUCAAUGCGUCAGAUCUUGACGGAGACGAGGAUGCUACCGCGUGGAUGACACCAGUAGUGGACGAAGGCGCGAUCGUUGGUGAAACUCGACGCAAAAAAAAAACAUCUGCCAAGUCAAGCCACAAUUGCGCCGAUCCGUUGCUAGCCUACGACGACGGACGUGUCGAUGGGGUAAGGAGGCGUAAGACGAGCGCUUGUCAACCGAGAUGGCGCGUCGUGGAAUGA